UGAUUGAGAAGGAAGAACUAAGACUUCACCUACAAGCUUCCAAAGAUGCCCAACGACAACUGACAAUGGAGCUACAUGAGUUACAAGACAGGAAUAUGGAGUGCCUGGGAAUGUUACAUGAAUCCCAAGAAGAAAUAAAGGAACUUCGUAGUAAAUCUGGCCCUGCUGCUCAUCUCUACUUAUCCCAGUCAUAUGGAGCUUUUACUGGAGAAUCUUUGGCAGCUGAGAUUGAGGGGACCAUGCGUAAAAGGUUGAAUUUGGAUGAGGAAUCUUCUCUCUUUAAACAAAAAGCCCAACAGAAACGGGUAUUUGAUACUGUCAGAGCUGCCAAUGACACACGAGGCCGCUCUGUCUCGUUCCCAGCUCUGCUGCCCAUCCCAGGCUCCAACCGUUCAAGUGUCAUCAUGACAGCAAAACCCUUUGAGUCUGUUUUACAGCAAACAGAGGACGAAACACUCCCCAACCAGGGGAGCAACUCGGAGGAGGUUCCGAGGAACUCCCAGAGGAUGGAACAGCCAGGACCCUCUGGAGAGAGUGAUUUGGCCACAGCACUGCAUCGCCUUAGCCUUCGUCGACAGAACUAUUUAAGUGAGAAGCAGUUCUUCGCUGAAGAAUGGGAGCGAAAGAUCCAGGUUCUGGCUGACCAGAAGGAAAGGGCUAGUGGCUGCAUCACCCCCACAGAGAGCCUUGCCUCUCUCUGCACCAACCAGUCAGAGUUCACAGAUUUCAGCAGUGCCAGUUGUCUUCGAGGUUUUAUGCCAGAAAAAUUACAAAUUGUCAAGCCCCUGGAAGGAUCACAGACUCUGCAUCAUUGGCAGCAGCUUGCUCAACCAAACUUGGGAACAAUUCUUGAUCCCCGACCAGGUGUCAUUACUAAAGGCUUUACCCAGUUGCCCAAGGAUGCCAUCUAUCACAUCUCAGAUUUAGAAGAGGAUGAAGAGGAGGGUAUCACUUUUCAGGUUCAGCAGCCUCUUCAAGUGGAACAGAAACCUUCAAUAUUCAAGCCAGUAACAGGGAUCUUCCUACCGUCCAUUACUUCAGCAGGUGGACCAGUAACAGUUGCAACCUCAAACCCAGGAAAGUGUCUGUCAUGCACAAACUCGACAUUCACCUUCACCACUUGUAGGAUAUUGCAUCCCUCUGACAUCACUCAGGUUACCCCCAGCUCUGGGUUCCCUUCAUUAUCCUGUGGAAGUAGUGGUAGCAGUUCAUCAAACACGGCUGUGAAUUCUCCUGCCAUGUCCUAUAGACUCAGCAUUGGUGAAUCCAUCACCAACCGACGAGAUUCUACCAUAACCUUCAGUAGCACCAUGAGUUUGGCCAAACUUCUACAAGAGCGAGGCAUCUCUGCCAAAGUGUACCACAGCCCAAUUUCAGAGAACCCUGUCUUCCAGCCACUCCCUAAAUCUCUAGCCAUCCCUUCCACACCACCAAAUUCACCGUCUCAUUCACCUUGCCCUUCUCCUUUGCCCUUUGAGCCUCGAGUACAUCUCUCUGAAAAUUUUUUGGCCUCCCGACCAGCUGAAACAUUCCUCCAGGAGAUGUAUGGCUUGAGGCCUUCCCGGAACCCUCUUGACGUUGGCCAGUUGAAGAUGAAUUUAGUGGACAGGCUGAAGAGACUGGGCAUAGCCAGAGCAGUUAAGGCCCCUGAUGCCAAGGAGAAUGGAAGAAGCCAAGAGGCAGAAACUGGUCUUCAAAAACCAGAUUCUGCUGUUUAUUUGAAUGCACAUAGCAAUUUAUUGAGUGGACUCAGGAGGAAUCAGAGUCUUCCAGUCAUGAUGGGUAGCUUUGGCACCCCAGUUUGCACAUCCUCACCCAAAAUGGGUCUCCUGAAGGAGGACUGAGGUCAGCAGUUAGCUGAGCUCCUGUACAGAUCAGCACGUGAGGGUCCAUAUGCACUGAUACAUGUAGUCUGGUCUGACUUGAGAGAAAAGGAAUGUUGCAGAAGGGUUGUGAAUGUGGAAAGGGAGACGUGGAGGAAUGGAAACAAAAUUCGCAUGAGGCUCUAAUGGAUGAAGUCUCAUAAAUCGGAAGUAUAAAUGAAUGGGCCAUGAGUGUUUGGAGGCAGAAAAGGAAGAAAGGUUUAAUACACUCCUUCGGUUGAGUUUUCUUGUCUUGAAAAUAAAAAGUGAAUAGAAAAUAAAUUCAGUAAUGCUGAAACAUACCAGAGAUACUGAACUUGCUGGCACAUUUACUUCUGGUGAGCAUGGACAAGGGGAACCCAGGUCAGAAAGAUGGGAGGAGGAAAGGAGUGACUGUUGCUUAUAGAAAGCUGUUCUGAAGGGUUGGUGGGGUAAGCUCAGUCUGUUAUCUGAGGUAACAGUGACGCGGCUUAUUUGUUUCCCCUGCUAGUGUUGGAUUAAAUUACGCAUCCAUCAAAUAGGAUGCUCACAGCAUUAGCAAAAUAAGGAAUUUUAUCUUUUUCAUUAGAUCAGAAGUGGAGACUCCCUUUUUCCUUUCUAUGUUCAGGCCUUUGAGCCACUGGCAGGCCAAACACCACUCAAAUUCCUUUGUGUUUAUCAUUAAUAAAAGUUCAUUUUUUUAAAUUUGUAUUUUUAUACAACCUCCAACAAGAACCCAGUAUAGGUAAGGGGUGGGAGGGAUUUACUUUUACGAAGGAAAAUAUGGGUAUAUUGGAACCAAGGAAACUGGUUUUUAAAAUAUUUCUUCAAGAUAAGUGCAGUAGUGAAGGAAUACAAACAUAAUUGCAUGUCUUUCAAAUUUCCUUAGAGGUGGGACAGGGUUAAACCAAAAGUGCAAUCAUAGGAAUUAGGGAAUGUUGUAUAUUUAUAUAUGUAAAAUUUUUUGUGAGGAAAGUUGGUUGCAAGUAAACCAACUUUUUCCAAAGUGCGCUAUGCAUAUUUUUAAUGAAAAGUGACAUGUAUUUGCACAAAAAUCCUCAGGCAUAUUAAAUUAUAAACUGAAGUAAAAGCCAGGUGCUUGCUUUGAGAUUGUGUUUUCUUCCUAAUAUGAAAUAAAAUUAAAACACAUCUGCCUUGUUCUUGAUAUCUGUAGAGUUAGAGAAUGAACUUUUUAAUGGG